CGCCUCCCGCGGCCGCGGCGCCCGCCGCGCCGCCCGCGGCCGAGGCGCCCGGCCCGGCCCUUGCCGAGCCUCGUCCAGGACCCGCCCGCCAAUGUCGAGCGGGAGCAGGAGUGCGACGGGGAGGCGGCCGACGCGGAGCGGAUCAAGCAGCAGGUGCGGGACACCAUUGCGGCCGCGGCGUCGAGCGGGCAGCUGUCGCAGGCCCUGGAGGAGUCCCGCCGGUGGCUCGAGGAGCAGCAGCGGCCCGAGCGCGCGCAGGAGAUGGCGCGGAGCAGGGCGAGGCCAAGGAGGGGUGCAGCCGGGCGCUGGCGGCGGCCCUGGAGGAGGGCGAGGAGAUGAGCCAGCUCAGGGCGGAGUGCCGCGAGGCGAUCACGGCGGCCCUGCAGCAGGCCAGUCCUGCUGCGGGCGCGGAUGGCGCGGAGCAGGGCGAGGCCAAGGAGGGGUGCAGCCGGGCGCUGGCGGCGGCCCUGGAGGAGGGCGAGGAGAUGAGCCAGCUCAGGGCGGAGUGCCGCGAGGCGAUCACGGCGGCCCUGCAGCAGGCCUCUCCUGCUGCCGCGGGCGCGGCGGCUGCUCCGGAGCAGGCCCCCGAGGCCGCGGGGGCGGCCACUGCCUGCGCGCGAGAGGCGGCCGCGACCGCCGAACCUGCCGCCGACCUGAAGGACCGGGGGGGUCGCGAAGCUCAGCGCGCAGAACCAGAGGAUGACGGUCGAGAUGGGCGAGCUCAAAGCGCAGGUCGAGGCGCUCAUGAGGCUGUCGGGCGGCUCGGCCUAGCAGUGCGAGCGAGCUCCUCCACCCCUUUUUUCCCAGCCACGAACUUCGGCGGCUCGCACAGCCCAGACCUCCCAUGGAUUGAUGUUUGAAAUCCUGGCGCUUUCCCUCGACGGACUGGUGCAGCAGAACCAGCGGACCCUGCGGCCGCGAAACUGGCGGCGGGCAGGCGAGGCUAGUUCUUACCUCCUAACCUUCCUCGACUCUUCGACUUGUGCGCGCUGCGGCCAGGGCAAAACAGGCACCGCGGAGGAUCGUCGGGCCGAGGCCAAGCGGGGACGUCGCUCGCCCCAUGUGUGCGUAUG